GCAGCCUGAGAAGCAGGAAGUUCCUCCCACUCUCACACACAGACGACUGUCAGAGAAAACGAAACUGAAUCCUAUCAGUGUUCAUGGUAAAAUGGCAGAAGCCAGUUUCGCACUGGAUCUGAACCAGUUCAGCUGUCCAAUAUGUCUGGAUCUACUGAAGGAUCCAGUGACUACAAACUGUGGACACAGUUACUGUAUGAGCUGCAUUAAGAGCUGCUGGGAUAAGGAGGAUCAUCCUGGAGUUUACAGCUGCCCCCAGUGCAGACAGACCUUCACACCCAAACCUGUUCUGGGCAGAAACACCAUACUGGCUGAAGUGGUGGAGAAACUGAAGAAGACUGGACUACAAGCAGCUACUCCUGCUGACAAUUAUGCUGGACCUGGAGAUGUGGAGUGUGAUUUCUGUACUGGGAGAAAACGCAAAGCUGCCAAGUCCUGCCUGGGGUGUCUGGCCUCUUACUGCAAAACUCACCUCCAGCCUCACUAUGAGUCUCCAGCUUUUAAGAAGCACAAGCUGACUGAUGCCACUGGACAUCUGCAGGACAAGGUCUGUUCUCACCAUGAUAGACCGCUGGAGGUCUACUGCCGUACCGACCAGCAGUGCAUCUGUUAUCCCUGUAUGAUGGAUGAACACAGAGGCCAUGAUACAGUCUCAGCUGCUGCAAGAAGGACGGAGAUACAGAAACAAAUGGGUGAAACUCAGAGGGAAUUUCAGCAGAGAAUUCAGAUGAGAGAGAAGGAGCUGCAGGAGCUGAGAGAGGCUGUGGGCUCAUUCACAGUGAGUAUAUGA